AUGAGUCACUAUCUUAUAUCAGUAAUUAUUAUUGAUACAAUACUUUUUCUUAAUUUACUUGCAAUUCUCUUUGCAUUUCGUACGAAAAAACAACGACUUUGGUUAUAUAUAAUGCUCAUCUUUGUUACAAUACUCAUAACUAUACGUAAUCUGCAUUUAUUUGUUUCAAUAAUAUAUAGAACAGUAACUGAAUUCGAGAAGAAGCGAACGUUUUUUUCUGAUGCUAUUAAUCGACAGAUAAAUUUUCUUGAAGAACCUCAACAUCCAGUAUGGAAAAUAAUAUUAUUAAAACAAUGUUGUGGAUUAAAUUCAAAAUAUUCUAAAUCAAAUAUUAAAGAAUAUCAAUGGUUUCGACAAACAUUUUUUUCAUAUUUUUGUCCAGAUUUACACUUAAAACACGACCAAAUUAUGUUAUUUGAACAUACAUUUAAGAUAAAAUAUUCACCUCAAGGUCUUUGUUUACCACUAAUUAGUCAUGAAUUAAAAAUUGAAUUAAUUUUAAUUUCACUGGAUCUUGGUUUAGGUGUUCUUCUUAUGUUACUUACAUGGCUAUUUAUUUGCCAAGAUCGAUUAUUAUAUUUAACAUUACUUAAAAAUAAAUUAAAAAAAAAACAAAGACCUUCAAUCAUAGGUACUAAUAAAUCAUCAACUACUUCCGUGAUUCAAGAACCUAUGAUAACCGAAAUUCCAAAACUAUCAACAUUGCCUACAUUGGAAGAAUUACAUAAACCAAAACAAUUAGUUACAAUGAAAUCUUCUGAAACUAAACGAUUGUAUAAAGGAUAUCUCACUGCAUUAGAAGAUGAGAAAUAA